UGAACAUGGCUUGCAGGCAACAGCUCAGGGUCUCCGCGUUUUCUAACAACUCGAUGUAGACUCGUCUGGUUCUCUGUGUACUAAAAUGGAUGCAGUGCAAGGAUGUUAACUAAACUAUGAAGAGUACAAAGACCUUUUAACUCAGGAUUGCACAAUUCAAGAAACAACAAUGGAUUAAAGACAAGUGUGCGGAAUUACUAAGAGGCAGCAAAACAAGUAAAGAGUGAAACCCUUGGUAAUCCUAAUUGGAGACGCAAUGAGACAGCACGUUCACUCUGCCCUUAACCCUUGCAGUUCUUCUGCUGUCACUGUGUAGCACGUUAAACCAAGGAAAAAUUAUGGCAGUCGCCGAAACCCAGGUGGUCGAUUCAGACCUGGAUCCUGAUGAAAAUUUGGAAGAACAGGGUGAAGACAUUUUCAAUCAGAUGGAUGAGAAUGGGAUAAUUGGAAUAGAUGAAAUCAAUGAGUAUUAUCUGCAGUAUCAUCCAAGAUUGGAGGAUGGUUUGGAAACCGUGGAGGAGGAUGGGGAGAUGACUGAGCUCCAAGUGCUGCACGAUUACAAUAAAUUGAGUACCCUGGUCCACUCACAAGAGUCUGUAGAUGAUGAGAGCUUUGGCAUCAGUGAAUUCCAAGAUUCAGACCCUGUUCCCUUGUCCAUAUACGCAGAGGAGGAUGCAAGCCUUAGCCAUUUGAUUUAUGAAUCAGAACCACAAGAGGAAGAUGGGAUUCUCAAUCAUCAUGAUUCAAAACCUCAUUGGCAUCCUGAAAGAGACCAUCAGCUUGACAUGACUGAAGAUGAAAAGGAGCAGGGGAGCUUUCUACUUCAAAAUGCAGCCGGUACCAGCAAGGAGGAGGAUAGUGUCGAGGAGUACUCUGAUUUGCCAUAUGAUGAGCAAAUUGAGGAAACACUCCCAAGCCCACUGAGAGACCCAUGGCGCAGAUAUGAAGUAUAUAACAAAGCACAAAGUAUAUUGGAUCGUGGGGAUGAUUUUUCAGUAACAAGUAUACGGGACCAUGUAGAUAAACUUUCUGAUCAGUCUGAUGAGAGCACUAACUACUCAAAAACUCAGGGUAAAGUUUCCAGUCUAUUAGCACAGGAUUGUUAUUCUGAGGACUUUGAAGCUACCUAUUCCAAUAAAGUAGAUGUGUUAGAAUUGCCCCAUAAUAACAAGGCAAUAGAAUCUGACAGUGAGGUUAGAAAGGAGAAGCAGGACAACUCUUCAUUUAAUUACACAAUGUUGCAUUUUAAUCAGGAAUUGCUAAGACACCUAUCAGUUGAAGACCUAGCAAGUGGCCCAGAUAUUGAGGCUGAGACCAUUCCAGAAUCAUCAUGUACUGACAGUGUAGAAGAGUCGGUGGGUAGGUUUUCAAACAAAGGAAAGGGUUUAACAAAAGGAAAUCAGAAUUCUGGAUCUGCUAACAAAAGGCAAAAAGAUAAAAGCAGCAAAUCUGAGCUCAAUAAAGCAGCAUCUAAUAAACAAGCUAAAUUAACUAAUCAGCAAACGUAUCCUCUUACCCUUGGUAAACCACAAAUUUUAAAGGAUAACAACGAUCAGAAUUCUAAAGCAAACAGGCAGUUCAGAACACCGACUCUCCAAAGGACAGCAAUUAAUGUAAGAACUUCAAGAAGCAAUUCAUCCAAGCCAUUAUCAAGAAAGAUAACUUCAGAAACAUCAAUGUACGGCCGAGGUCAACUUAAUUACCCACUACCAGAUUUCUCAAAAGUGGAGCCACGAGUUAAAUUUCCUAAGGAUGACCAAGCCUAUCAGAAACCCAGGAGUAAAAGUACCACCUUGAAGGGCAACAGAAAUGAUUCUCAGUUUCUACGUCACUCUCCCGCUGAGAUUGUCCGGCAAGUGCUGCAAAGCAGCAACGAAUGUUCCCUGAUCACUCCGACACCUCCCGGAGUAAAGGUGGUGGGAGAGUUCGAGUCGCCACAGCAAGCAACGGAAAUAGUUUAUCAACUACAGGAGGAUUAUCGUCGGCUCCUAACCAAAUAUGCUGAAGCAGAAAAUACCAUUGAUAGAUUGCGGAUUGGGGCUAAGGUGAACUUGUAUGCUGAGCCUCCAAAACCAAGUCACAGUGUCCCGAUGACAUCACUUCACCAGGGUUCAAAGGUGAUGACGUUUACCAUCCCACAUGCACAAAAAGCUGAAUUUGGCCCACCUCCGAACUCCAGUGCACAACCAGAACACCACCCAGUAGCAGAAAGUCAUGAAGCAAUAGAAGUUGCCAAUACAUCAGGUGGCACUUUGCCUUCCACCCAGAGUACAUCUAUUGUGGAGCCUACAGCAGGGGAAUGUCUGACCUGGGCCCUUGCCCAACAGGCAGAGGCACUCCAGAAACAGAUGGAUGUAUUUGAUGGGUUGCUGCAGGCAAGAAAGGUGGCACCAGUGACCCAGCAGAAGGCAUUACAGAGGUUGAAGGAAGGCCAGGAUACUCUGGAAAGAGGAUAUCUCCAGGCACGAGAAGAGCAUCGUGGGCUCCAGCUGAAGGAUGCUGGCAGCAACAGUUACAACAUUGGGGAAUUUGAUCCUAACAGGGAAGUAGAGGGGAACAUUUUUCGGCUUGGAAUGCACCUAGAGGAUCUGAAGGACCGGAUUGACCAGCGCCCAGAAAGCCACUCCACGGCCGACCAUCGGUCUGACUUGAGACUAACACACAACUCAUGGGUAACACCUGUACCUGUUCUCCAGACCCCAAUCCCAACGCCAAUACCGAUGGCACAGUCUCCAACACCAGCACUUCAUAGGCCUGCAGACACAAUCCAGAAUCCCAAACCUGAGAGCACAGUUCCAAGUGCAGCACUCCAACAUGGUACGGUGGACAUGGAGGUGAGCUCUGUGAGUGGAGAAAGUGAGGAUGGAGAUGCCUUUCCUGAAACUCUUAAGCACAAGAAGAUGCAACUGGAUGAUCAUUUUGACCAACUUUUGGACCAAUGUAAAAACUUCAAGGAUUUACCUUUGUCACUAGGCCUUGAUAGGAAGAGGGAAAACCCCGAAUCUCCUCAGUCACCCCCAACUGCACACGCCCAGGAGAUGGGAAUGGUAGACCUAAUCCAAGAAGGAGGGAUAAAGACUCCUAAAGAUGAUCCUGAUAAAUACAGCAGGAAAACACCAGAACCGAAUGAACCAAUACAAAAUGAACCCACGCUCUCUAAUGCUUUCAAGGACAGCUAUGGGCUAGUAUUGCAAAGAGAAGAGUUGUUACCUGCAGUUGCCGAAAUCAGGCUACGCACCAUGACUCCCAACUCAAAAGGAGCCUCCGUAACAGAAAAGAGGGACCUUACGUGCCAAAGAAGUCUGACUUGUGUGGAUGGAAUUGCUUCUCCUGAACAAAUGCCUCAUAAAGCUCUACACCAAACCACAUCAGUCCCUCUAGAGGAACGCAUCGUUUCUCCAGAGACGGACAGCGGGUUUGUGGGGUCCGAAAGCAGCAGGCUCACACCAGCAAUUCAGACUCCAGAGCACCAAUCCCCUCAGAGCAGACUUCAAAGCCAAAGGGAGACUUUACUAAAAUCUCCUUGUCGGGAUGAUAUACGUGCUAAACGAGCCUUGCGGUCUCUGGAGACUCAUCAGAGAGGCAUCGCUGAACAUGAGCACCCUACGACAGUAAGACAGAACAACAUAAUGAGGCGGGACAGUGUUGCGCAAGUAGAUCCUUCCCGCAUUAGCUCACCUCAGCACUGGACAGGCAGCGUAAUGAGUGAGUCUGAACAGGAGACCUUUGUCAGUCGCACUGAGUCAGAGCCUGAUGUUCAAAACAGCCUCCGUGCCUAUGCCAAGCAGAGGUAUCGUCACUCAUCUCUAACCUCAUCACCUUUAACUUUCCAUCCUAAAGUCCAUUACAGUUCCAGUCCUUUGAGCAUUCACUCAUCCAGAGAUGAGGUGAUCCAGGCUUUGCAAAUGGAGGUUUCCCAACUUAAACAGCGUUUGGAGGAGUCAUUGCAUAAGCCCCAAGGCAAUUCUGAAGAGAAUCCGUCACCAGUGAUGCCCAAACCUCAAAGCCAUCUUGUUCACCAGCAUUCACCAAGAAGGAAACACGCACAGGAGUAUCUGGAAAAGAUGGAGGGCCAGGUUUGGAACAAAUCUUUAGCAAGUCGCAGUGGCUCAAAUUUGGUCCCACAAUACAAAUCGGAACUAGAAAUAAGUACUGAGUCAGAUGUAUCUUCAUUCAUCGCACAAUCUCUAGCUCCUGGUAUUUCAGUUAGUCAGAGAAGCAAGAGAUCGCCUUCUCACGAGGGACAAAAACACAGGCCUGUUAAAACCAAAGGGCCAUACACAGGCACCGAUUAUAGUUUAUUUGUACCACCAACCUCCACAGAGGGACCUGCAGCUGGAGCGCUGUCCUGCCCUUACUGCAGAGGAACACGAGCACAGGUGGCUGCAAAUGCCCCAUCAAGGAAUGCUCCUGUCUCCACCAGUAGUCCCAGGGGGAAUUCCUGUCCUGUAUGUAAAGGAUCUGGAACGUGCAAUGACCAAAAACCAGAAGUGAAGACAGAACAUGCUACUAAAGAGGAGCUACCCAAAAACUCAGGACGAAGCCGUAAAGCCAGGAAGCAGCGCAGUGUGCGUAUCGCUGAACCUCCCCCUGUGCUCAGCUGUGUUCCACCGCCUCACUAUGUGCCUUAUUCUCCACAAGUGUAUUAUUCUGCACCAGCCAGCACCUUCACAUCGCCAACGGAGUCACACUUCUACUAUUCAUCUGGAUAUAAGGUUUCAGAAUCAGCCACAAAGGCUGCACGUAAGAGUUCGAAAAGCCAUCGUCAGAGACUAUCGACAACAGAUGAUAUUCCCUACUUUAAAGGUGAAGCUUUCGCGCUGUCGGAUCUCAAUUGUUCCCUGGACCUGGCAAUCGAUGCAGCAAGGAACAUAAAAAGGACCACAAAGAAAAUGAUGAGGUCACUCUCAUCAGAUCUCUACAAGGCCAAGGCCAUCCAAGAAUGCCACCAAUUAUUAACCCACUGACUUCUGAGCCCUGUGUUUUGUUUGAGAUAUUCCUGAAUCAUUUAAAUACUCUUGUAAUUUAUCUUAAGGGCAUCACAUACAUUCAUUUGUUGACACAGCACUUUCUGUUUGACGAGCCACUGUGUGAAUUAUUUCUGUACUGCUUUACUUUCUCCUUGUGACUCUGUGGUACUUGUUGAAAGCUAAUCUCAGAAGCAGCAGGCUCAUAAACAAAUGAUUCAUGGUUCAAAGGGAAAAAAAAGCAGUGGAUAUAAUAACAGAUUCUUUCACUGUGCAACAAUCACGUUGCAAACUCACUGACAACACAAAGAAACUUGGUUUUAAGAGUCAUCUAUCAAACAAUGUUAAGUCGCACUCAGAGUUCAUAGGUAUUGUAGGUGCUAUGUUGUUAUUUGGAUAGAGGAUCAUCAGUAGGAAAUGGGGGGUAUUCACAAGUGACGUCAUGAAGCUGUAACUCCUGCGUCUUGCCAUUGUGGGUUAUUUUCCAAAUCAAUAGUUUAUUUCAUGCCAUUUGCUUGCAUUGUCCAGUAAAUAAGUAUGCACAUCACUGUUCUAAAAAUAUGGUUGGUCAUUAGUUUUGCUCUCUUCAUGACCUGAGGGCAUGUGGCAAGAGCUGCAUUACUUCAAAGUCAAAGCCAGUUGUAAACAACCUACUCCAUGAGGACAUACGGGCAGUGCAUAGAGCUUACUCAGAGACUGUCCACCAUCUCUGUGUUCUUACAGACUUAUCAAAAUGAAUUAUUUUUGCGGUAAUUAAGAUUUGAAUGAAGUCUAUGGUAACAAUUAAAUUUAUCGUCCAUAUGUGUUUGGGUUGUUACAAUAGAUGAAACCUAUUAAUAGCAAGAGGGAAACAUCUAAGCUCCCGUUGAGCAAACUGGUGAUCUUAAUGUGCUGUGUGGUAUGAAUAGCCUCAAGUGGGCCAACAGGUUUUAUUAUCAAAUACAUGUUUUAAGCUUGUUCAGAAAGUUGCUGAUUCAAAUUAUAGAAUUUCAAAGUCUUUUUACCUCAAGUGCCGUGUAAAUACUCUGAAGAGAAACUCUAUGGUACUAACUUUUCCUGAUUCCUCUUAGUGGAAUGAGCUUAGAAACAAACAUGCACUGACACAAUUGUGUAACUUGUAUCUUCGCACUUACACUUUUUUAUAUAUAUAAAAGGUCUUACACACUCUAUUAGCUGGUUGGCUAUGUUACAUAUCUCUGCAAUGUUUUGGUUAGGUAUUGACCUCAGGAUAUCACACUGCAUCCAAAAUAACAAAGUCUUAAUUACUUCCCAGCCACAGAGCAAAGCAGAUACCUAUUUUUGAUGAUUAGUCUAUUUUUGGUUAAGUAUUUAAUUUUAUAAUUAGAAUUGAUAGGAUUUAAGGUUAUUAGAUGAGAUGUGGCCCACAUAAAUAUCAAAAGAGAUUGGUUCCAAAUAAUUUCUCGUCAAUCUUUUGGAUUUUCUGACUUACUGGAUAAAGUAUAUAAGGAUUGAUAGUCUAGCAAUGGAUAUCAACCUUCUGCUAUCGAGAAUCGAUAUUGUAUCAACAGAGCCUAAAUGUGCUGAAUCCAAUUUGGUUUGGCUUUAUUAACUGCUCUUUAGCUGAGUUUGGGUUAACUCCAUGUUAAAAGUUUGCCUCAUCCGUGGACCACUAAUGGUAAUGAAAUAUAGUUCUGAAGUACAUGAGCUCCUUGAUAAUCUGAGUAGAAUCAAAAUCAACAUUUGAAUGUCAUAAAACUGAAACCACUUCUGUGGAGAUUAGACAAAUCCAGACAGAUUUAAGCAAGUUUACAAGCAAGCAAACGAUCCAAGCUCCAUUUCUGGCUCCAGUUUUUACAAUAUUAGUGAUUAAUAUACAAAGUAAAUUUUGUGCAUUUUCAGAUUUUGUUUCACUCUGAAGGCUAGGAAUCUUUUCAUUCAAAGCCUGUGUCUCUUAAUGCACAUUCAAAAGUCUAAAAUCAUUGCUUCUCAGGCAAAUGCCCUUCUCAUAUCUGCUUGCGAACCUGUAGGUUUGAAUGUCAAAGACUGGUUUGUGACCAGGCUGUAGUUAGAGUCAAGCUUCAACACUGUUAGCAGUGAUUUAUUAUUAAUUUGCUGUAGAGUGCUUUAUUUUAAGUGGGGUCUGUCACUAUAUCAGAUCACAAACAGGUGACAUUCAUGUUGCAUGCAUUCAGCUAAAUUAUUAUGGGAAGAAUCUUUCCUUUUAGUGCUGGCAAAGCCAAACUUAUUGCCCACCAACUUACCCUCUGAUUUUGUUUUGUUGUGCGCGGCUGAUUCAUAUAAGUGGACAGAUCCUUUAAACAGUGUUGCACAUCUGCACACGUGUAUUAGCUUCAAGGGUCUUACUUGUGCACAACCUGCGCAGGAACAUCUGGGUCGCUGCACAGUUGUGAGGAAAUAUUGUUGCCUGUUCCUAAUUGCCCUUGAGAAAUUGAGCUGCCAUCUUGACAACUUGCUAGGUCAUUUCAGAGGGCAUUAAGAGUCAACCACAUUGACGUAGGUCUGGAGCCACAUAUUGGCCACGCAAGGUAAGAUGGCAGAUUUCCUUCCCUAAAGGAUAUUAGUGAAACCCAUGAGUUUUUACAAUGACCCAGUAGUUACAUGGUUAAAAUUACUGACACUAGCUUUUUAUUCCAGAUUUAUUUAAUUAACAGAAUUUAAAUUCCACAACAGUCAUUGUGGGAUUUGAAUUCAUCUCUCUGGAUUACUCAUCCUGUAAAAUAACCACUAUGCUACUGUUCCUGACUGUAAUUCUAUGAGAGUUAUAUACUUCAUUAAGAGUAUGCCACUAAUCUAGCCAAAACCUCAAUCUAGAGCAUUUAUGUGGAGGUCAGGGUGUCCAAAGAUACUUCGCUUUCCUUCUUGGGUUCCUUCAGAAAUUUGCCAAUCCCACUUUGCUUGACUGUAUAAAUCAAGUUAAAUUUUAAGCAACACAUUAUCCCAGUUGUGUCUUUCAAAGCACUUAAUUUGUUCAGGCUCCAUAACAGCAAAACAAGCCAAACAACUGAUAGAUUGCCUGAGAAACAUUUGAUGUUCUUUGACCAUCUUGGUUUUUCUUGAGCAAUUUACUAACCACCUCUGAAGAGGAACACUCUGAUUAUUGCACUGGCCAGUUGAGAAAAUUGUCUUUUAUAAAGACUUGUUUCUUUUACAAUUGAAUAUUUGUGUGUGCUUUUAAAUGUCUUGGAGUUUAUAUAUGAAUGUUCAGAGGCACAAGUCACAAGUGGUGCUUGUUUUAACUUAAGCAUGUAACAAAUUGCACACUUCCUGUUACCAUUCUGUAUGCUUGACAGUUUUAUGUUGUAUUUUGAAGUGUAUACAAUAUCAUUGUCACCUACAUUUUAUGCCAAUUACCUGAUUUAUAUGUCAGUGCAACAACUUCCAUCCAACCGACCAUUAUGUUUGUGGAGUCUACUUAAAGGAAUGUAGUUCUUAUAUUCUUGGGAUUUUAAGGAUUAAUAUCAAUUUGUAAUAACUUCUGCAUGACAGAAACCACCAGGAAGCAAAUCAUGGAAUGUCAUAGAUGGGCUUGUCAUCUUUGAAAUGAUGCUUUUCAAAGCAUUUCAGAGAUACUGUCAUUGGCUUUAAAACUAUUGUAAAGGUAAAUGUAAAGGACAAAAUUACCGCAGAUUCUACAGCCAAUGGAUGGCACCAGAUUAAGAGGCCCUUUUGGAUUGCUAGAAGGUAAUUUAAUGGCCUUUCAUUUCAUUUUCACUCUGUUUAUUAUUGACGAUGGAGCGUUAUGUUUCAUGAGUAUGAAAGCCUGAUGCACACAGUGUGAAUGGAGCAUUAUUUAUUUUAUUCCAUGCAUUCCAGAUACUGCUGGCAGAUUGGAUAAUUCAUUGUUUAUUCACAGCAUUGAAUGUUGCUUUAAAUUCCACCAUAAUUAAUAAUGGUCCUAAUAUGAAGUGAAAGAACCACUGAAUAUCACAAGGCACUUCUGUCAAAUGUGGUUUUGUUUAAAGAAGCAGAAGCAGUGUUUAAUUUGAACAGAGAAAAUUGAUGGACAGGAAAAGACCAGUUGGUCCAUUGAGCCUGCCCUACACACAUCAGAAUGGCUGGAGCAUAUGGCUAACCACCUGCAGCCAUGCAAUCUCCAGAGAGAGCAUAAAAAAAGAGAAAAUAUCCAUGACCAACACCGGGAAUAAUACCCCAAAAGAUUAUUCCCCAACCAGCCCCUUCAGUUGAGUGAAACCAAUCCAGGAGAUCACAUGGACCAAGUGUUAUCCAUAAAGACACUUGUCUUCCAUAUGAUGGGACCCCUGCCAAGGACCAACCCAACUCCCUUUGAAAGCAAAUAAUUACUAAUGUGACAAAUAUCAGAAAUAUUCUCUCCAUCCCUUCCUAAAGUUUGACAUUUCAUUGUCCAACAAGAUUCAGCCAACUGAGGCCCAGGGCUGCAUUUUUAUCGCAGAAUCCGUGGACCCUUGUUAUUUUUUUUUAAAUGUUUUCACCGAAACAUUCAAUUUUUCAAAAGUUGAUAUUGUUUCUUUUGCUUUGAGUCCAAGAUAUAGUGUAAAAGAUAGAGCAUUGCUUUUAUUUUGUGAAGCUUAAUUGAAAUCCAGCCUCUUCAGGCAAAGCUGCUACUCCUUUUAAGAAUGAAAGCUCUUGUUUCAUUAGCUUAGUUUUUAUCUCAGUAAAUAUGAACCUACCCGUUUCUCAGAAUUAUCCUGAAAUGUGAGUGAGUUAGUUACAAGAUUAAACAAGUAUUUUUUUUAUAAUGAACACAAGCAAUAAAGAAUGUUAACUGAUCUUGUAUGAAGUAUUUUUUUCAAAUAUUUAUUACAAUUUUUGUAAGAAAUGUGAUGUGAAUUAGUACAAUUUGGCUACCUGUGCUUUUCUACCAUGUUUUUAUCCUGUAAUGAAUGAUUUUUUUAUUGGAAUAAAUUGAUCUUCUGGAA